AUGAAGAUAGAAUUAGAUGAUAUCCUUGAUACUGUUAGCCAGUUCAAACAACAGAAAUUAGAAAUCGAAGCACAGAAGAACUGGGAUCGGUUUUACCAAAGAAAUCAUGAGAACUUCUUCAAGGAUCGCAAUUGGAGUGCACAAGAUAUACAAGAAAUUUGCAGUGAUAUGAAUCUCACUGCUGCGCUCACGUAUCUUGAAGCUGGAUGUGGUGUUGGCAAUAUGUUAUUUCCCCUGAAGUCAGUGUUCCCUAACUUUCGACUUCAAGCGUUCGACUUUUCUGCACGUGCCGUCGAGAUGUGUUUGGAGAGGGCUCAACGGCUCAAUGUGAGUGUGGCAGGAAAAUCAGUACAAAGUUUUCUUGUCGAUCUCUCUGUACCCUCGGAGCAAACGAAGUUCUCUGAAAAAGCUGAUCUUGCUACUAUGAUUUUUGUGCUUUCUUCAAUUCAUCCGGAUAAACACAAAAUCGCUAUAAGAAACAUGUGCAAAUAUGUCAAGAUUGGUGGUUCAGUGGUUGUACGCGAUUACGCUAUAAACGACUACGCAAUGAUACGUUUUGGCCAUGGUGCCAAGCUUUUUGACCGUUUUUAUGUGAGACAAGAUGGAACGCGAGCGUUUUAUUUUCGGCUAGAAGAACUAGUGGAUUUAUUUGAAGCAGCCGGCUUUCGGUGUGUCCGUAAAGAAUACUUACAUCGUCAAACGGUGAACCACCAGAAGCAGCUCAGUGUGCCAAGAGUAUUUGUUCAAGCUCGUUUUGUGAAAUGUUGA